AUGACACAGCCACCGAGCGCCUCGGAGAAGGAAAAGACGGCCCGACUUGUCGAGUCGCUUUCCAGGCAUGAGCAGGUGAAGCUUUUGGCGGAGGCGCUCCUGCGAGAGUACAUGCAUCGCCGCGGCCUGCGCGAGACACUGCGCACCUUUGACGCGGAGAACCCGCGAGACGAGCGCACCAUCUCGUCUCGCGCUCUCAUGCGCCAACUGCUGAACAUUCCUGUCGAAGGCCGGCCGUCGCGUCUGCAACUCACCGCUUCUUCCUUGGCAAAACCGCAGGCGCCAACCUUCAUGGAGGAACUCUGCUCCUACCGGCUGACAAAGCGCAGCUACAGGAUCCCGGACGGGAAGCAAAGUGGCAAACCGCACUGUAGCCAGGAGGAGGAGGAGGACCCAAGUGAUGUAGAGCUCCGCGCAUUGCAUGCAUCAGCAGAUGCACAGCGGGCGGCAAAAGCUUUAUGCGAGCAGAAGCAACGCGAGUACGAAGAGCUACUCGCCGCGGAAGAGGCCUAUCAGCAGCGCAAGGAAAAGCACAAGAAGAAGCGAAAGCACAAGGGCGCGAGGAGGCACAGGGACAAGCAGCGCGUACGUGGCGACGCUGACAGCAGCGACGACGGGGCAGAGAGCGAAAGCGGCAACAGCGAUGGUAGUGAGAACGAGGAAGGAAGUACGCUCAGCAUCGGCUUUUCCCAUACAUCGAGAAAGGCUAAGUCAGUUUCAUCGAGCAAGUGCAGGAUGCCGGACGAGUCCAGCGAUGGGGCGAAGGAGGCCGUUGUAGCAGUGGGCGCGCACUGGCAGCCUCCAGGUAGUGCUGCUCGAGCAGGCACCAAUCAUAACACCGCGGACGAUGGUGUCUCUCGUCAUUCUGCGAAGCGCAUUUUUGGUCGAACAGCGGAUCUCGGGUUGGACAGCGACGAUCACGAGGUUAGCAGCGACAACGAAAAGGUGGGGCUGUUCGGGCUUAGUGGGGCGAGUCAGCAGGUGCUGAUGGCGCGAAUUCGCGCAGGGAGUGAGCACUGGCCAACGCAGGCUCAUGGGGGUGCCACUCAUGCUUACGCCAGCAGCACGCGAAAUCAUAACAGCGGCGUGAGUGCUUCAGGCAACUCUCUGAGCGCUGCACCUGCCGCUCUCUCGACGGUAGCUGGGCGAGAUGCAGGUGGUAGAGAGUUUGGCUCGCUGCGCAGCACUCGACCAGUUGGACGGGCGGCAGUAGACUUCGACCCCAACGGCGCGUAUGAGUCUUCAUCCUUCUCUGGGUCACUCUCCGCCACUGUACUUUCUGGCGUCAACGGAGGCGUGGCUGCGCUCCGCAUGAAGACCUCACCCAUCCCCAUUCCUGGCCUGAGCGCAGAUGGUGCUGCGAGCGGGUUGAGCAACACGUAUAGCAGUGGUUUUUCUCUGGCGAGAUCGGCUGCCAAAUCAGCCUCAGGCAUUCUAGUGCGGCAUGGGGACGCGCCGCCGCAGCGCGACCGUGGUGCGGCCAGCGACGGCCCGAUUCACUCGUACGACCGAACCGCGGUGCCGCGCAGCAGCGCGUUAGCCGGCAGAAGCGAUGGUAGCAAUGCGCGCACUGCCCUCCGCAGUUCGUCUCCGAAUGCCUCUGCUAUGAGUGAGUCGACUUCCUCCGGGUCCUGCCAUACGCCUUCUCGAUCCUUUGCCAACAGUAUGGGUGGCGCUGGCGGAUCAGGCGGAGGCGGGGGCAGUGGAUUGCGCCACGGUAUCGGGUUCCGCACGUCGUCUACUUCUGCGGAAGGAACGGCGCUUGCGUCGACCUCAGUCACUGGGGCCGCUGCCCUCGCCGCCGGUGCUGCCAAGCCGAGCCGUAAAGAGCGCUGUGUAAAGCUGCUCGUGGAUUGA